AUGACCGACGCCCCUAGCAAUGAUCCCACCCCCGAUCCCUACCAGCGCAUCCCCACCGCCCGGCGGACUUCUCCUCGCUUCCCGCCGAGUGGGGGGGUCUGGAAAUUUUCGGUGGGAGACAAUAAACACGUCGUUAUGAUGGAUUUAAAAGAAAUAAACAAUGUUUCUCUUAUAGAGGAUAAACCAACAAAAAAAGUUACAGAAUUAUCGGUAAACAUCCCAUACCCAAUUCUUAAAGCCAAAGUUAUCACUUCAAAAUUUGGAAAAGUGAUUCUAUUGGAACUAUCAGAUACUAAGGUGUUUCUGCCGAUUAGAGUAACGAGCGUUUAUGAAAAAUACAUUGACAACUUUGAAGAAGAAAACACCCCAUCAUCAUCACUACAUCAUCGUUGUCCGGCUUCCUUCAACACCGAUAAAUUUUCGAUCAUCAUCGUUGUCCGGCUUCCUUCAACACCGAUAAAUUUUCGAUCAUCAUCGUCAACAACAACAACAGCGUCAAAUUUUCGGAGAUUCAUUGGAGAAAAAGUCAGUGAGCUGAUGGCGAAGCAAAUCGAUGAAGUCAUUCCAUUCAAGCAUAUUAAAAGAAACUCUUUGGAAAUCACGAUUCUUAAAAAUAACUGCAGGAUCGAACAUUCGAGCUGGACUUAG